AUGGACAGAUUCUCUUCCAGACAUCUUGACAACAUCAAGCGGAACCAGCAGGUGCUCGCUGAGCUCGGGGCAGUCGCGCAGGCUGAAGCGAUUCACCGGUCAAGCCGCCCGGUCAAAGUGACAAACGGGGCAGAAGAUGCGCGUGCCACGAAAAGACGACGCGUGGAGAAGCCAAGGGCUCCAGCUGUGCCCACGCGUACCUCAGCCCGGAUCGCGUCGGCCCCAGUCAGGCCAACCUACGACGAGGACGCCUCCGCUGUCCCUUCUAUAGCUGGGACCAAGGCCCCGAGGAAAGGGAAGACUACAGCUGCAGCGACGCAUGAGGAUGACGACCGUGGGAGCCCAGAGCCGCGAGAAAGCGACCUCACAGCAGACAUACCCGCCCUCCAAGCCUCCUGGUCCUCGUGGACGCCCACGGCGCCGGCCCCAUCCCGCGACGAGACAGGUGUCCUCCACUUCGCCUCGCACCCGGACUUCACGCCCAACAAGACCCCCGCCGAGGUCCUGCGCGAGGGCGCCUUCGGCGGCUCCUACUUCCGCCCCCUAUACUCCAAGAAGCUGCGCAUCACCAUCUCGGGGGACCACGCCGAGCUCCCCGCGGACUGGACGGCCGGGCUGGACGCCGGGCGGUACCUGACUGCGCGUGAGUACGAGGCCGACGCGAACAAGUUCAAGGUCGCGUGCGGGCAGAGCAUCGAGGAGUGGGAGGCGGCCGGGUGGAUCGACCACCGGUUUGACGUGAGGGGGUGGUUCCAGUGGUACUGCCGGUUCUACCAGGGGCGGCGGUGCGAGGACGAUGAGAGGCAGGUUGGGCGGUGGAGGAGGUGUGUGGGUGAGACGGGCCGGUGGCGGAGGAUGUUGCUGAAGAAGUACGUCGCUGCUGGGGUCCGGGAGGUCUGGGACGACGGGGCUGAUGAGGAUGCGCCGGAGGUUAGUCCUGUUAUGCAUCAGACUUGUCAUCAUUGGGCUUUUGAGGUUACGCAGGAUGUUUUGGAUGAGUAUUGGAGGACUGGGAGAUGA